CCGGAGCAGAGAGCGCAACCAAAGUCGACAAGGAGGCAUUGGCUUGCCCUACCAAUUGACUCCACGUCUACGCGCCACUCCCCCUCGACAGCGGCUCCCCUUGCUUCAGCCGUCUCAACACUCCCUCAGCGAAGUCAACGGCCGGCGCCCGCUUCUCAAGCAGCAAUUGCAUACGAAGUGGGCCCUGAAUCUAGCCAGCGCCCGUUUACCAUUCGGCCGUCACCACCACCCGCUACGCUCUCGAGAACACGCCUGGCCCUGGGGGCCUUCAAUAAGAGCUAUCCAAACUCUCCCGCAACCAGUGCAUCGCCUUCGUGCAACUAGACCGCCAUCAUGGAGGCCUGGCUGAGCUGGGCCCUUGUGCUAGCCAUCAGCGGAGCUCUCUAUUACUAUUACAGCCAGAACAGCAACCGUGGCAAACAUCGAGGUCGACCACUUCAGCGAGCGGCCAACACCGCUACCACAAAAGAACCCAUUCAGUGGGAUGAGGGAGAAGCGAAGUCCAAAUCGGCUGCGAAGCCCGCAAAAGCCAAGGCUCCUCGCAGGUCGGUCAAGAAGGCCGUCCAAGAGGUCGGUGACAAAGCCGAGUCGUACCUCUCCGCCGCUUCGUCCACUGCGGGCGCCGACGCCGACGAUGAUCUAUCGCCCGUCACAUCUCCCUCACUCGGGGCGACUACGGCCGUCACCGCCCCCAGCGGAAGGGACGUCUCGGACAUGCUGGAGUCCCACGCCACUCCCUCGGUCUUGAAGAUUAGCGCCUCCGAGAAGCCGGCGCGCCCGGCUAAGCCGCAGCAGAAGCGGUCGGAGACUCCGCAGGAGACAAAGAGGCAAAAGCAGAACAGGGAGAAGAAGGAGAGAGAGAGGGCUGCGCGUGAAGAAGCCGAGAAGGAGCGCAAGAUCCUCGAGGAGAACCAGCGUCGUCGUGCCCGUGAGGCCCGUGGAGAGGCGGCCCGGAACGGCCUUCAAUCUGCUCAGGCUCCGACGUCAAACCCUUGGAACCGCCCUACUGCUCCGGUUCAGCCUGUGGGCGGCCAGCUGCUCGACACGAUCGAUGCCACCUCGACCGCCAGCUCCAGCGAGGCUCAUACCAACGGUACUGCCCCGACACCCGAUUCGAUGUCGUACGCAAACCUUCCUUCCGAGGAAGAGCAGAUGAGACUGGCUAUGGAGGAGUCCGCAUGGACCACCGUCCCCAAGGUUAAGAAGCAGCGCAAGAACAAAGCUGGAGGGGAGACCGCAGAGGAGGGCAGCGAUUCCGGAGCUCCACAGGAGCCUACGCCCAUUCAGCCCGCCCCCGUCAAGGCCCCGGUCAAGAAGACGGAGAACGUCAAGCCGGCCUCUCGAUUCGAGGUUCUGUCUGAGCCAACCUCGGACGCCAGCCACCCGAUGGACUCUGACUGGCCAGUGGUAUAAAAAAGCCAUACCGUUGAAGCGGGACUAUCCCCUGAGGCGGGCUCGAAUUUUCUGGUACGUGUCACAUUUUCUCGAGUCUUGGGCAG